AUGCGUGGAUUCUGCCGCCACACUGUUUCAGGCGAUGCAGGUGCUCUGAAGAUGCUGCCGACAUAUGUGCGAGCGGUUCCGAAUGGCGAAGAAAGCGGAGAUUAUUUAGCUUUAGAUCUCGGUGGAACAAAUUUCCGUAUUCUGCUCAUACGACUGAAUGGACGAGAAGCGGAAAUGACGGGGAAAGUGUACAGUGUUCCGCAAGGAAUCACUCAAGGAUCUGGAGCAACAACUAAUCGGCGAAUAUUAAGCUUCAGUUAA